UGUCUAUCUAAUCUUACUUUCUUCCUCUUUUUUCUUCUCUGAGUCUUCCUUUCUUUCCCCAUCUUGUAAAUUACGGAGGCGGUUUAAUCUUAAUGGGAUGCACAAGGCUGGUGAUGUGAUUCUGGGUGGGCUGUUUGAAGUCCACUACAGCUCUGUCUUACCUGAGCUUACAUUCACCUCAGAGCCACAUCAGCCCAACUGCCAAGGCUUUGACACUCUAGGGUUCAGGCAUGCCAUGACCAUGGCCUUUGUUAUUGAUAAGAUCAACGAGAACUCCAAUCUGCUACCAAAUGUGACUCUUGGAUACAGUCUUUAUGACAACUGUGCUACACUUGGUAUUGGCUUCAGUGCUGCGUUGUCACUGGCCAGUGGUCAAGAGGAGCAGUUUCUGCUUCAGGAGAACUGUUUAGGGACCCCUCCAGUUAUGGGGAUUGUGGGUGAUCCCUUCUCGACCUUUUCUAUUGCCACCUCCAAUGUUCUAGGUUUAUUCAAACUACCUAUUGUGAGUUAUUUUGCCACAUGUUCCUGCCUAAGUGAUCGGCAAAGGUUUCCUUCCUUCUUCAGAACAAUCCCAAGUGAUGCUUUCCAGGUGCGUGCCAUGAUUCAGAUUCUAAAACACUUUGGCUGGACUUGGGCAGGGCUGCUGGUCAGUAAUGAUGACUAUGGACUCCAUGUUGCCCGAUCCUUCCAGUCAGACCUGGCUCAGUCUGGUGGAGGUUGUCUGGCCUACUCAGAGGUUUUGCCUUGGGGCAAUGAUCCAAAUGAAUAUAGGAGGAUUGUGGAUGUGAUGACAAAAUCCACAGCUCGUGUGGUCAUUGUGUUUGCACAUCAGAUGCACAUGAUUCAACUCAUGGAAGAGGUGGUGAAGCAUAAUGUGACAGGCCUUCAGUGGAUUGCCAGUGAAGCUUGGACAUUAGUUGAUGGACUCCAUACCCCUGCCUUCAUGCCUUACCUGGGUGGCACACUGGGCAUCGCUAUCCGUCGUGGAAAAAUACCAGGACUCAGGGACUUCCUGUUAAGAAUUAAUCCUGACCAACACCACAACAACAGCUACGAAAAUAGCAUGGAGAAGCAGUUUUGGGAAUACACAUUUCAGUGUAGAUUUGCACCGCUUCCAGCAGGCUGGGUGGAAGCUGGAGGAGCACUAUGCACUGGACAGGAAGAUCUAGAGAAUGUGGAGACUGAGUUUUUGGAUGUAUCAGAACUCAGGCCUGAGUACAAUAUUUACAAGGCUGUCUAUGCUCUGGCGUAUGCGCUCGAUGACAUGCUGCAGUGCAAGCCAGGGAGAGGGCCUUUCAGUGGGCACAGCUGUGCCACUUUGCAAACACUGGAGCCAUGGCAGCUUAUGUAUUACUUGGAAAAGGUCAACUUCACCACACCAUUUGGUGAUCAAGUGUCAUUUGAUGAGAAUGGGGAUGCCCUACCAAUCUAUGAUAUCAUGAACUGGCUGUGGCUCCCUGAUGGAAGAACAAAGGUUCAGAGUGUGGGGGUUGUCAAGAAGUCAGCCUCCAAUUGUGAAGAACUCACACUUGAUGAAGACAAAAUCUUCUGGAACUUUGACUCCAAACAGCCACCCAGGUCAGUUUGCAGCGAGAGCUGCCCCCGAGGUACCCGCAUGGCCAGGAAGAGGGGUCAACCUGUAUGCUGUUUCGACUGCAUCCCCUGUUCUGAGGGAAAGAUCAGCAAUGACACUGAUUCUACGGAGUGCACCAGUUGUCCAGAGGACUUCUGGUCCAACCCCCAGCGUGACCACUGUGUUCCUAAAAAAACUGAGUUCCUCUCCUACCAUGAGCCUCUGGGUAUCUGCUUAACAACUGCUUCAUUGAUGGGCACAGUUAUCUGUGCUGUUGUUCUGGGCAUCUUCACCUAUCAUCGCAGAACACCCAUGGUACGCGCCAAUAAUUCAGAACUGAGUUUCCUGCUCUUGGUGUCACUUAAACUAUGUUUCCUGUGUUCACUGCUGUUCAUCGGCCGUCCCAGGCUGUGGACAUGCCAGCUGAGACAUGCAGCAUUUGGGAUCAGCUUUGUGCUUUGCGUCUCAUGCAUCCUGGUGAAAACCAUGGUGGUUCUGGCUGUGUUCAAGGCCUCCAAGCCAGGAGGUGGAGCCAGUCUGAAAUGGUUUGGUGCUGGGCAGCAGAGAGGGACAGUUAUGGUUCUUACUUCGAUCCAGGCAGCAAUCUGCACUGCCUGGCUUGUCUCUUCCUCACCAUCUCCUCAUAAAAACACUCAAUACCACAAUGACAAGAUAGUUUAUGAGUGUGUGGUCGGGUCCACGGUUGGUUUUGCAGUGUUACUGGGUUACAUUGGCUUACUGGCUAUCCUUAGCUUCCUGUUAGCAUUUCUGGCAAGGAAUCUUCCAGACAGCUUCAAUGAGGCAAAACUCAUUACCUUCAGCAUGCUGAUCUUCUGUGCUGUGUGGGUGGCUUUUGUACCUGCUUAUGUCAACUCUCCAGGCAAAUAUGCAGAUGCAGUGGAGGUAUUUGCCAUCCUGGCCUCCAGUUUUGGCCUCUUGGUGGCACUGUUUGGACCCAAAUGUUACAUAAUCCUGCUGAGACCAGAGAGAAACACAAAGAAAGCUAUCAUGGGUCGAGGCACCGUCAAUUUAAGCAGCUGUGAAGGGAGGAGGGCAGUUAUGGGAGCUUUUCUUGACACAUAUUUCCUCUUGUGUGUGUACCAUAUCUUGUUUUUUUUCUCUUCCUCCUCUAUAUACUCUGCGUCUUCCUCUCUUCAAUCAUCUUGUAAAUUACGGAGAAAGUUUCUUCUUAAUGAAAUGCACAAGUCUGGCAAUGUGGUUCUGGGUGGGAUGUUUGAGGUCCAUUUCACCUCUGUCUUCCCUGAGAGGACAUUUACCUCAGAGCCACAACAGCCCACCUGCAAAGGCUUUGACACGCUAGGGUUCAGGCAUGCCAUGACAAUGGCCUUUGCAAUUGAUGAGAUCAACAAGAACUCCAAUCUGCUACCUAAUGUGACUCUGGGAUACAGUCUUUAUGAUAACUGUGGUGCACUUGUUAUUGGAUUCAGUGGUGCAUUAUCACUGGCCAGUGGUCGAGAGGAGCAGUUUCUGCUUCAGGAGAACUGUUUAGGGACGCCACCAGUCCUGGGGAUCGUGGGUGAUUCCCCAUCUACAUUUUCUAUUGCCACCUCCAAUGUGCUAGGAUUAUACAAACUACCCAUUGUGAGUUAUUUUUCCACAUGUUCCUGCCUGAGUGAUCGGCAACGUUUUCCAUCCUUCUUUAGAACAAUCCCAAGUGAUGCUUUCCAGGUACGUGCUAUGAUUCAGAUUCUAAAACACUUUGGCUGGACUUGGGUGGGCCUUCUGGUCAGUGAUGACGACUAUGGACUCCAUGUUGCCCAAUCCUUCCAAUCUGACCUGGUUCAGUCUGGUGGAGGUUGUCUGGCCUACUUAAAGGUUUUGCCCUGGGACAGUGACCCAAGUGAACUCAGGAGGAUUGUACAUUUGAUAAAGACAUCAACAGCUCGUGUGGUCAUGGUGUUUGCACAUGAGUUCCACAUGAUUCAUCUAAUGGAAGAGGUGGUGAGGCAGAAUGUGACCGGCCGGCAGUGGAUUGCAAGUGAAGCUUGGACAGCAGCUGCUGUGCUCCAGACGCCCCGCCUCAUGCCAUACCUGAGCGGAACACUGGGCAUUGCCAUCCGUCGAGGAGAAAUACCAGGGCUCAGGGAAUUCCUCUUACAAAUACAUCCUGACCAAAAAGACAACUUUGCAUAUAACAUGGUGAGGCAGUUUUGGGAAUCCACAUUUAAGUGUAGAUUUGCACCACCUCCAACAGGUUGGGUGGAAGCUGAGGGAGCACUAUGCACUGGACAGGAAGAUCUAGAGAAUGUGGAGACUGAGUUUUUGGAUCUUUCUAACCUCAGGCCUGAGUACAAUAUUUACAAGGCUGUCUAUGCUCUGGCGUAUGCCCUUGAUGACAUGCUGCAGUGCAAGCCAGGGAGAGGGCCUUUCAGUGGGCACAGCUGUGCCACUUUGCAAAGACUGGAGCCAUGGCAGCUUGUUCAUUAUUUGCAAAUGGUCAACUUCACCACACCAUUUGGUGAUGAAGUGUCAUUUGAUGAAAAUGGUGACGCCCUACCAAUCUAUGAUAUCAUUAACUGGCUGUGGCUCCCUGAUGGAAGAACUAAAGUUCAGAAUGUGGGUGAGGUUAAGAGGUCGGCCUUCAAAGGUGAAGAACUCACAAUUGAUGAAGACAAAAUCUUCUGGAACUUUGAAUUGAACAAGACACCCCAGUCAGUGUGCAGCGAGAACUGUCCUCCAGGUACCCGCAUGGCCAGAAAGAAAGGGGAACCUGUGUGCUGUUUUGAUUGUGUUCCUUGUUCUGAGGGAAAGAUCAGCAAUAAGACUGACUCCAUGGAGUGCACCAGUUGUCCAGAGGAUUUCUGGUCUAGCCCCCAGCGUGACCACUGUGUUCCUAAGAAAACAGAGUUUCUUUCCUACCAUGAACCUCUGGGUAUCUGUUUGACAGCCACCUCAUUGCUGGGCACAUUUAUCUGUGCUGUUGUCCUGGGCAUCUUCACUUAUCAUCGCAACUCACCCAUGGUACGCGCCAACAAUUCAGAACUGAGUUUCCUGCUUUUGAUGUCACUUCAAUUAUGUUUCCUGUGCUCACUGCUGUUCCUUGGCCGCCCAAGACUUUGGACAUGCCAGCUGAGACAUGCAGCAUUUGGGAUCAGCUUUGUGCUUUGCGUCUCAUGCAUCCUGGUGAAAACCAUGGUGGUUCUGGCUGUGUUCAAGGCCUCCAAGCCAGGAGGUGGAGCCAGUCUGAAGUGGUUUGGUGCUGUGCAGCAGAGAGGGACAGUUCUGGGUCUUACAUCGAUCCAGGCAGCAAUCUGCACUGCUUGGCUUGUCUCUGCCUCACCAGAGCCUCAUAAAAACACUCAAUACCACAGUAACAAGAUAGUUUAUGAGUGUGUAGUCGGGUCCACAGUUGGUUUUUCAGUGUUACUGGGUUACAUUGGUUUACUGGCUAUCCUCAGCUUCCUGUUAGCAUUUCUGGCAAGGAAUCUUCCAGACAACUUCAAUGAGGCCAAACUCAUUACUUUCAGCAUGCUGAUCUUCUGUGCUGUGUGGGUGGCUUUUGUCCCUGCUUAUGUCAACUCUCCAGGCAAAUAUGCAGAUGCGGUGGAGGUAUUUGCCAUCCUGGCCUCCAGUUUUGGCCUCUUGGUGUCACUGUUUGGACCAAAAUGUUACAUAAUCCUGCUGAGACCAGAGAGGAACACAAAGAAAGCAAUCAUGGGUCGAGGAACAACCAAGACAUAAAAGCAACACUUACAGUAAAAUAAUCAACUAUUCUAAACCAUAUGUAUUUUGCAUUCAUUCAGUAGAGAUGUGCCCUUGAAAUGGCCAAUAUAUAAUUAGCAACUUUUAACUUUAACUUCAGAAAUGUUUUAACUGUAAAGAAUACAUUUAGAAGAAAUUGGAAGCAAUAAAGACAUUUUUGAAUGUAA